AUGCCAAGACUAGCGCCUUUUUUGCGUGACCUUCGCGGGUUUUUGUUUUCCCACUUCCCCUUUGGGCCAAACAACGGGACCCAGGACAACGGCCUGUGCCCUGCGCAUCGACGUUUCCUUGCCGCUUGUUUUGAUAUCUCACUCCUCCAGCCAGCCAUAUCACCGAAGACAUUGCGCAUUCACUCGUCACACUCGCCGGAUAUCGCAAUUCAAAACCGUCGGCGCCAACAGCUUACACACCCCGGCAACCCCUUUCGAUGUUGGUUUUCCCGUCGCGACAUCUACACAGCGCCUACUUCGUCGCCAACUGAAGCGUCUGAUACCGCCUGUUCGCCGUCUGGGAGCCCGUCGUUUGAUGCCUCGAUACCCGCUCGGCACCCAGCAGCACCGUACUUCGCGCUAUCGCCGGUGUUUAUCGAUUGGAAGGGCCCCCUCCCAGGGAACGUCGGGGGAGGAAUGGCUGAGACUGCAAAGGGAGCAGGCCGUACUCGUGCGGCCACUUCACGCUCGUCCAAAGCAGAUACCCUAGCCGCCAUGAUGGACAAGAAGCCCAUUUCCCCGCCAGCCUCCAACUCUCCUCCUCCAAGCCAUGGCAACAAAUCGAAGUCUACCCAGAGCAACCCCCGGUCCACCAGACAGCGCUCCCGGCCUGGGUCUGAGCCGAUAAAUCCAGAUGCCCUUGCCCGAGCACUCAAAGACUUUGAAGACGCCGGCCGCCAGCGUGAAAGAACACCUGGUAGCAGCCCGAGCCGGAAACGACAAAGGGUCUAUGGUGAUAGGUUUAUACCCAAUCGUGAUGGACAAGACCUACAGGCUGGAUUCAGCUUGCUCCACGAGGAAGGCUGUCCCUCGACACCCUCAAAAACGAAGAAGAAACCCACUCACGGCGAAAUCCACUCCCAGAAGACGGAGGAAGCCAACCGGACAUAUUCUAGAGUUCUUCGAAACGAAUUCUUUGGCUCUACCAUCCCUCAACCCGACAUACACUCCCUUUCACCCAACCCAAUUCCCGGGCGAUCCAGUGCCUCUCGGGAUCUUGCCCACUCUAAUACCCCUCCAUCACAUAAGAUUGCCAUGUCCCUACCCCCCGCCAGCAUUACUCCCUCUACGCCUAGCAAGAACCUACUUUCUUAUACGUCCCCGAGAAACGUAUCCGGAAACCCUACUCCGUCUCGAACUCCCCGCAGCCAGCAUGGCCCUAAUUUCGACGCCCGCUCCGACUUGUAUAGCCUUUCUCCCAUACGAUUUGACAGCCAGCAAAUUCUUCAAAGUCUCCGCAAACAACCAAGAUACGUAAAUAAAGUACCCUUCAAGGUUCUAGAUGCUCCCGACCUCACCGAUGAUUUCUAUUUGAAUCUUGUGGAUUGGGGUAGUAGUAAUAUCUUGGGCGUUGGCCUGGGGUCUGCUGUUUAUAUGUGGGAUUCUAUAAACGGCCAUGUUACAAAACUGUGUCAGUUGGAAGACGACACGGUGACUAGUGUAAACUGGAUCCAGCGAGGCACGCACCUUGCGAUUGGGACUGGCAAAGGACUUGUUCAGAUUUGGGAUGCUGAACAUUGCCGUCGACUACGGACAAUGACUGGCCAUACUCUCCGUGUAGGGGCGUUAGCAUGGAACGAUCACAUUCUCACAUCUGGCUCUCGUGAUCGACUUAUAUUUCAUCGCGAUGUUCGCUCUCCCGACCAGUAUCUUCGGCGCCUUGCUGGCCAUAAACAGGAAGUCUGUGGCCUUAAAUGGAAUACGGAUGACGGUCAACUAGCUUCUGGUGGCAACGACAAUAAGCUAAUAGUUUGGGAUAAACUAAAUGAAGCCCCAUUGUUCCGGUUUACAGACCACACUGCUGCCGUCAAAGCCAUUGCAUGGUCUCCCCACCAGCAUUCCCUCCUGGCUUCUGGCGGAGGUACAGCGGACCGGACGAUCAAGUUUUGGAACACGUCGACAGGCUCGUUAAUAAAGGAAGUCGACACAGGAAGCCAAGUCUGCAAUUUGGCGUGGUCCAAGAACUCGGACGAGAUUGUCAGUACCCAUGGGUACAGCCAGAACCAAAUCGUGGUAUGGAAAUACCCACGGAUGGAGCAGGUCGUCUCACUUACUGGUCAUACCUUCCGAGUACUUUAUCUUGCGAUGAGUCCGGACGGUCAGACGGUAGUAACCGGCGCCGGUGAUGAGACGCUGCGGUUUUGGAAAAUAUUCAAUAAGAAGGGUCUCAAGCAACAGGAUCGGGAGAGCAAACUGGUCAGCUAUACCACAAUUCGGUAG